UAAUUAAAAUCGAACUUUGAUAAAAUUACUUUUAGAUAAGUCACACAGUAAACAAACAAUAAAAAACGUCAAUUAUUUUUGUUGGAGUAGUUUUUAAAAAUGGCUUCUCUACAGGCUCGUGUUUUAUAUGACUUUGAUGGGGAUCCAAAAAAUGGAGAGUUAAUAAUUCGUGCUGGUGAUAUUUUAUCAGUGGCACGACAGGAUGUUGGUGAUGGAUGGUGGGAAGGAAGUUUGAAUGGUGGAGCUCAUGGUUUAUUUCCUGCUGCGUAUGUUGAGUUAUGUGAAGAAGAUGAUGUUCCUAACUUUCCUCCACCUUUGCCUCCUCAGAUAGAAACUACCAAUGGCACCACUUAUAACCAAUUAAAGUUAGAUGGUGGAAUUAAAAUAGACUGGGAUGAUGAUCAUUCAUCAACAUCAGACACAGUUUCACAAGAUGUUGAUUUUGGUUCAAAUUUAUCAUCAAGAACAAACACUAUAUCCAAAACUGGAACAGUAAGGAAAAGCAUAAAUAGGUUUUCAAACUUUGUGAAAUCAGGUGGUGAAGAUUUUCUACUUGGAAAGUUACCUGAAACGAACAUCUCUAAAUAUGACCAUUUAGUAACUGAGGAAGGUCCAGAUGGUAUCACAUGGCAGCCUAUUCCUGUGCCAUUUACUAUCAAAGUUAAUGAAGCAGAAAAAAAGAGUAAAUUUAAAGGAAUGAAAAGUUAUAUAACAUACAGUGUACAACCAUCAAACAAAGCAGUAGCAGUUCAACAUCGUUUCAAGCAUUUUGAUUGGUUACACGAGCGGCUGAUGAUAAAGUUUCCGUGUAUUUCUAUUCCUCCUCUACCUGAGAAGCAGCUUACUGGUCGUUACUCCGAAGAUCUUGUUUUAAAACGUCGUUAUUUGCUGGAAAAGUGGAUGCGCAGGGUUUCGCGUCAUCCUGUUCUUGCUCAAAGUAGAAUCUUUGAGCAUUUUAUUUCUACUUGCUCUGAAACAAGAGAAAAGGAGUGGAAAGAUGGUAAGCGUAAAGCGGAAGUUGACAAAGUUAUUGGUGCUAAUUUUUUUUUCACAAUCAGUGCUCCUCCUUUGAAUGUUGCACCACAUAAAGUAGAGGCAGAAGUUGAGGUUUUUAAGGAGUUUGUCAAAAAUAUGGAUGAUUCAACAAGAAAAAUGAUUGAAAUAGGAGAAAGUGACUGGGAUAAAGUUUCUCGAGCACACCGGGAUCAAUACAAAAAGUUUUCGUCUGGUAUUAAAGCAUUGGGAACUGCAUUUGCAACUGAAAAUGCACCUUACUCACUUGCAUUGACACAAGCUAUGGAUCACACUGCUCAACAGUAUAAUGAUAUUGGAGACUUGUGCGCAGACCAGCCAAAAAAAGAUAUGCUUCAUGUUCUAGAAGUCCUUCGUGAGUAUACUGGACUACUGUCAACUUAUCCAGAAAUCAUUAAUGUCCAUAAGGGUGCAUUUGCCAAAGUAAAAGAAUGCCAAAAGUUACAAGAAGAAGAAAAGCUAAAGUAUGCUGAAGUAGCAAACGUUUCUCAAAGAAUGGAUACAAUUACAUGUGCAAUGUUUGCUGAAAUUCAACACUUCCAUCGAGAACGAUGUCGUGAUUUCAAAGAAAUGAUGAAUAAUUAUCUAACUGAGCAAGUCCGUUUUCACCAGCAAAUUAUAUCGAAAAUUCAAUCGUCAAUUGCCAUGUUUGACCACGUUCCAGAGUAAUGUUAUAAAUUUUCUUAUAAAUCACUGAUCAACACUGA